AAAACACUACAAAUUUUCCAAACAGAAAAGAGAAGGAAAAAAAAUCAUCACUUAAUUAUAUACUACAAAAAGUCAUCCUUAAGCCGAUGGCACCAUCCUCCAACCCAAUCACCACGCGACACGUGGCGGUGAUAGGCGCCGGAGCCGCCGGGCUCUCCGCCGCCAUGGAGCGCGGGAACCAAAUCGGAGGCGUAUGGGCAUACACUUCGCGGGUCGAACCGGACCCGAUGAGCCUCGACCCGAACCGAACCAUCACCCACUCGAGCCUCUACAGCUCUCUACGAACCAACAUCCCCAGAGAAUGCAUGGGCUUCACCGACUUCCCCUUCGCGACCCGACCCGACACCGAAAACGGGUCGAGAGAUCCGAGAAGACACCCCGGUCACACCGAAGUUCUCGCCUACCUGCGAGAUUUCGCGAGAGAGUUCGAGAUCGAGGAGAUGGUCCGGUUCGAGACGGAGGUUGUGAGAGUCGAAACGGCGGAGGAGGAAGGCGGCGACGGUCAUCGGAGAUGGAGAGUCAGGUCGAGGAGCUUGAGCUCCGGCGACUUCUCGGACGAGGUUUACGACGCGGUUGUCAUCUGCAACGGUCACUACACAGAGCCACGUCAUGCUCAUAUUCCUGGCAUAGAUUCUUGGCCAGGGAAACAGAUUCAUAGCCAUAACUAUCGAGUUCCUGAGCCGUUCCAAGAUCAGGUUGUUAUAGUGAUCGGAAGCUCAGCAAGUGGAAUUGAUAUAAGCAGAGAUAUCGCCAGAGUUGCGGCAGAGGUUCAUAUCUCGUCUAGAUCAACAUUAACCGACACAUUCGAACAACUUCCCGGUCAUGAGAAUCUUUGGCUCCACUCUACGAUUCAGAGCGUGCAUGAAGAUGGUUCGGUGGUUUUCCACAAUGGAAAAGUGGUAUUUGCAGAUGUUAUUAUGCAUUGCACAGGGUACAAGUAUCAUUUCCCGUUUCUCGAAACGAACGGCUACGUGAACGUAGAUGACAACCGUGUUGGCCCGUUGUACAAGCACGUCUUUCCCCCGGCACUUGCCCCUGGCCUUUCCUUCAUCGGCUUACCAUGGCAGAUCACUCCAUUUCCCAUGUUUGAGCUUCAAAGCAAGUGGGUUGCAGCCGUUUUGUCUGGUCGGGUUUCACUCCCAUCACAAGACGAGAUGAUGGAAGACGUUAAGGCAUUUUACUCAGAGCUCGAAGACUCGGGUAUUCCCAAGAGAUACACACAUCUCAUGGGCGAUUCUCAGUUUGAGUACGAUAACUGGCUCGCCGAACAAUGUGGAUGCCAACCGAUCGAGAAAUGGAGAGAGCAAAUGUUUUGUAUCGGUUUCAAGAGAAUAUACGCUCAAUCCGAUACGUAUAGGGACAAAUGGGACGAUGAUCACCUCGUUGAAGAAGCAUACGAAGAUUUCGCCAAGUAUUUGAAGAAAUCGUCAAGCAAGUUUCAAUCUUUCUCCGAGACUCGAAACCUAAAAAAGUAGCUGGAUUCGAUUCGUAAUGUUGUAAGUGUCGUUGUGUUGUUAUUGCCUCGUGGCUUCUGAAGUGUAAGAAGAAAUGGAGAAUGAUAAUAAAUGGUUUAGAGCUAUAUGUGGGAGGAACAGGGGGAUAACUGUGUAAAAACAAUAAUAUUGGGGUGAAUGUUGGAAAAUAUAAUAAAAAGAGGGGGUCAUUUGUGAAUA